AUGCCCACCCACCUGGCCACCCCUGCGGAUGCGCGCCGCUGUGGACUCCCACCGCCCGCCGCCGCCUCCUUCCCCCUCGCGGAUAAUUCCAGAGAUAGUAUUGUGAUUUGUGAGCCCACAUCUGUUCUCUGGGACCCGCCGCGGGUAGGUGCGCAUGGUAUGGCCGACCUCAUCUGCUUGCGCGCCGGUCUGAGGAGUUCACCGUCACUUCCACGGUCGUCGUCCACCCGGGCACCACCACCGGCCUCACAAUCACAAGUGACAGUUCGAUUUACAAGCCCACUGUUCUGUUGUGCCAAACUUUGUAAGAGCCGUCCUUUGCUGGCAGCAGCACUGGAGGUCUCUAAGGACGGGUCCUCCACGGAUCUGGCCAAUAGCCUGCCUUGCAAAGGGGCUGUCGAGACAUUGCGCAGUGCUGAUGCGGUAUGUUUCGAUGUUGAUAGCACCGUCAUCCUGGAUGAGGGCAUUGACGAGCUUGCUGAUUUCUGUGGGGCAGGGAAAGCUGUUGCUGAAUGGACAGCAAAGGCCAUGACAGGGACUGUUCCAUUUGAGGAGGCGCUGGCCGCCAGGCUGUCUUUAAUCAAGCCUUCUCUCUCCCAGGUGGAGGAGUGCCUGAAGAAGAGGCCACCAAGGAUUUCUCCUGGAAUGGCUGAUUUGGUUAAGAAGCUAAAAUCCAAUAAUAUUGAUGUGUUCCUUGUGUCAGGAGGCUUCCGACAAAUGAUCAAGCCUGUGGCAUUUGAGCUUGGUAUUCCUCCUGAAAACAUCAUUGCAAACCAAUUGUUAUUUGGCACUUUGGGGGAGUAUGCUGGAUUUGAUCCCGCAGAGCCCACUUCACGCAGUGGCGGUAAAGCAAAAGCAGUGCAGCAAAUAAAACAGGACCAUGGCUACAAGACAGUUGUUAUGAUUGGUGAUGGUGCAACUGAUCUGGAGGCUCGGCAACCUGGCGGAGCAGACUUGUUCAUCUGUUACGCUGGUGUUCAGAUGAGAGAGCCAGUCGCAGCAGAAGCUGACUGGGUAGUUUUUGAUUUUCAAGAGCUGAUCACGAAGUUGCCAUAA